AUCGUUACGUUUCCUUCAUUGUCCGCCAUAUUUUACUUUACUUCGUCGUGACCGUGCGUGCGUGCGUCUAAUAUUGAGUCACAUCUCCAGAUCUUAGGCUUGAAACUGUGAAAACUGUUAAAACUGUGACAAUUAUGGGAGAUCGCAACAACCCCAUUAAGUUUGGACCUGCAUGGAUGCGUAACUUUGGCCAAAUAAGUCCUUCAGGAGGGGCUGCAAGCAACAAUCAAAACCCCACAAACUCGAGAGUAGUAACUACCACUGCACCUAACGGAUCCAUAGCGCCCACAGGUAGUGCGAGUUACUCAGAGGCAACAAAUGCUCAAGGCCAAUCUGAAGAAGGCGCAGCACAAGCUUCCGCUAUUCCCAGUACAACACCAACAACAAAUGCUGGCACUCCUGUCAACAAUGAAUUAAUAUUAGCUGAGAUGCGGUAUGGAAGGGAAGAGAUGCUAGCUCUGUAUGAAAGAACCACAGAGGCACCUGAACAAUUAAAAUACUUUGAUCAGUUAUAUCAACAAAGGCGAAAGCCACCUGUUGCUUUAAAUAACACCUUUCAAGAAGAAAUGCAACGUGAGAAUACCAGAGGAGCCAAACCUGCUACUACCAGUCGUAACUUGAACCGUGCUUCUCCCAAUGAGAAUCGUCGUACUCGCACACCUUUUCCACGGAAUGCAUCAUCUGGGAAGGGCAUAUUGUGGAAUAUGGCUCAAAAAAAUACAAGGCCCCCAAUUUAUCAAUCUCCAUUUGAGGCUAACACAGCUAUACCCUGGGGGGGGAGUAAUGUUAACACACCACAACCACUUCCGCCACCAAGACCUCACGUUGAGCAACAUGAAAGGUCUGGGACUAAAAUAUAUCGAAGACGUGUCAAUAAUAAUACUAAUUGGAGGCAGCAUUCGCGAGAGGAAGAUGAAUGGCGAUCCAGGAAUCGUCCUAAUGCUGAGCGUGAUUGGGGCGAAAGACCUGUUCAAGGGAAACAGUCAACAUGGAAUGCAAAUCGCAGUGGUUGGGUUGGGGCUGAAGCCAACAAUGAAGAAAGUCUCCCAGAAUGGGCCGUCGAAAAUGCUGUAGGAAGAACCGGAACUUUUGAUUCCACGGGAGCUUUUCAUGGUUACAGUAACGACGAUACGAACUUACCCAAGACUACUGAACCAUCUUCAUCGUUUCCCUUGGUACGUUCAUUAACUCACGGGAGUUUAUCGCACAACACAAAAACCCCUGCAAAUGGUUUUGAAGAGUGGUGGGCAUCAGAUAAAGCUAAAAAACUAUCUCCUAAUAAGUUUGAAGCGAAUGAUGUGAAGUUCAAACAGGCAUUAAAUAUGGGGCCAAGUGACGAUAAUAUUCCUACUAAAAUUAGCAAAGAGGAGAACAGACAAGAAGAAUGCAAUGUUAAAGCAGAAGAAGCAGAUAGAAGUGAAACACCGCAGGCAUCAACAUCUGCUCCGAAAGAUGAAGAAACUGCCAAUUUCUCUGAUGACAAAAAAGAAGCUAGUCUGAAGACAAAAUUUGUUGAGAGUAAAACUUUCGAUGCUUUGAUGCGGUCUGACAUUAACUUGGAGAAAGUUACUAAUGAUAGAGGAAACUUCCAGUCUGUUCUCAUCACUACUAACAAUACACUACGUCAGAAACAUCAGAAUAUUGUUGCUUCUAAUGACAAUACGCAAAGACAGCCUGGCAUGCCCAUCUUGCAAAGGAUGCACUCUUUGGCAAAUGAAGAUGAAGCCAAUUCCACAUCUAAAAAUCUUGUGGAAGAAAUGUUCAACUUAUCUGUUGAUGAUUCAAAACCAUCAACAUCAAGUACUACAUCCACAAAUGCAAAUACUUCUGGCAACCCAACAGAUCUUCAAGUGCCCACGCAAAUGCCAAGUAGCAGCGUACCAAUAUCACCUAGACUAUCCAUGGGUGGUGUGCAAACUGGCGGCAUACAACCUGGUGGCAUACCAGCUGGCGGCAUGCAAGUUGGGAUCUUGCAAGUUGCGGGUAUCCAAGGAAUACAGGCAGGCGGUAUACAAACUGGCGGAAUGCAAGGCGGCAACAGUGGCAACAUUCAAGGUGGCGGGUUGCAAGGCGGCGGCAUGCAAGGUGGAGGCGUACCAGCUGGUAACAUGCAAGCCAGCGGUAUGCAAGGCGGCGGCAUGCAAGCUGGCAAUAUGCAAGCCGGCGGUAUGCAAGCUGGCAAUAUGCACGUCGGUGGUAUGCAAGGCAUGCAAGCCGCCGGCAUGCAUUACCAUGCAGGCAUCGGGCGUGGAGGGUAUGAAGCUUUAGGGAUGCAACCGCAUGCCAUGCAGCCGGGCGCAAUGCACUUCGCUGGUAUUCAUCCUGGUCAAUUACACACAAGUGGAAUGCAAACAGCACAAGCCAUACAACAGAGCUUACUGCAACAAGCCGGAUUACAAUCAGCUGCUAUCCAAGGAGGGAUGCAACCAGGAGAACUGCAAUCAAGUAUGUUGCAAUCUGGAAGAGAUGCAAAUGCAAUGCAAGGAGCAAUACAGGCAAUGCAAGCAGCUAGAAUGGGAUCCGCCUUGCAAAACGUUGGAGUACAAAAUCAAGCCUUGAAUACUGCAAUGGGACUCCCCACAUCAGGAAAUGGACAAGUCAUACCGAUGCCAGGAGUGUCAAGACCGAUGAUGCAAAAUCCUAUUAUAAUGGGCUUGGGCGCAGAUAUACAGCAAAAUCCUUCCAUGAUGUCAGCUUACCACCAACAAAGUGGCUUAUCCAUGAUGGGUAGUUCGAAUGUACACAAUUCUUCACUGUUUAUGGGGCAGGCUAAUAAUUCAAUGCAAGCAAACGAGAUGCAUAGAAUGCGCGCAGACCUAUAUCAAACCGGACAACAGCAAGGACCAUAUGGCUCUAUGUACGGCCAACCACCUCAAAACAUGAAUGUUCUUGACCAGUGGUACUAUGAAGAUCCCCAGUACAAUGUUCAUGGUCCAUUCUCAUCAAAGGAUAUGUACAAUUGGUACAAAGCAGGCUUUUUCAACUCUAACUUGAUGAUACGUCGAGCCUGUGACGUAAACAUGCGUCGACUUGGCUCCUAUGGCCCUAUGGCUUUUGGUGCCCCUAUUGACCUGCUGCCUCCGUACCCGGGGCAAGGUGGCUAUGAUCGCCGAUCUCAUGGUCAGCACGAAUUACUCAACCAAAAGGGACUUGGGUUAGAGGAAAGCCUAUGGCGUCAGAGUGCUCAGUCCCCGGAGAUGCUGUGGAUGCCUCAGUCUGUGGACGCUACUAACGAGUCUCGAGUUAAUAACUUACCAAUGCAGUUUUGGGACACGGAGCCUUCCGCUCUAACUUCUAAGUCUCUAUUGCCCGAAAAAAUAUAUGAGAAAAUAAAUGCUAGAGACCAAAUGCCAGUGCAGCUCAGGGCAUCACAAAGCGUUAACACUUCACAAGCAUUGCCAUCGGCAAGCAUUAAAUCGUCAGGAUCGGCUACGAGUGGUGGUUCUAAACCUAAAAGUUGCUCCAGUAUUUUAGAGAAGUUGAUCCCAAAUUUAGAAGAGAUUCAAAAAAUAUUAAAAGAGAGAUGGCUAGUUACUAUAGAACCAAUUCAGAUUAAACGUACAGAGGACAACGUUGAGCCCUCCGCCUUAACCUCUAAAUCUAUAUUGCCCGAGAAAAUAGACAAGGAUGUGAAAUCGGAAGAUCAAGUGCCAGUACAGUUAAUGCCUUUAGUAAACAAUCAAUCCUCUGUUUCAACAACAAGCAGUGACUCACAGUCGGAAGUUUAUCCAAACAUACACGACAGGGCGACACCCAACUUGGAGGAAAUCCAAAAUCUAUUACAAAUAAAAUGGCUUGUGAAUGUCCCGUCUUCCUCCAGUAAAAGUACCGAGGAAAAUGAGGAACUAGAGGUAAAGGCUGAUCAUGUUACAAAAGAGGAAGAACCAUCCGGUGAUAGCAGUAACGAGAAGCAAGAACAGCAGAAUAAUAACAAGUCUGUUGAGACAAAAGCUUUAAAGAAUACUAAACUAGAGAAUGAUAAAUUGGUUAAGGGUAAGGCCACAAAGACUAAGACUAAAAAAAUAAAGUUGGGCAAAAAGGAUGAAGUGGUUGAAACGAAGGCCAAAGAAGAUGUUGUUAAAGCGGAGACCAAAAAGUCGGAUGAGUCCUCGCUGUCCAAAAACAAAAAAGAAGAGAAACAAAGCAGAAAAGAAGUAGACAAGGAAGGAAAGGACAUUAAAGAGGGGACUGCGAUGAAAGAAGAAAAAGGAUCCGAUAAGGGAGUAUCUAAGGAUUCCAAGAAAAAAGAAAACUCAAAAGGUCUCGAUGUUGCGGAGUGCAUUAGGAAAGAAGUUGCCGCCGACGACAAGAAGGGGAAAAAGUGUGCCGAGAAACCGGUGAAUGACAAAAAGCAACAGCAAGAAACACAGCCGGCAGUGGAAAUUGUUCAGUCAGCUAAGAAGACUCCGUGGUCGGAUGCGGCGUCUGUACAGACGCAAUCUGCCAACAACUACAGCAUGACUUUGACUAAUAUACAGCGACUCGAGAGAGAGAAGAAAAUGGAAGAAAUUAAAAUGCAGCAGCGAAUGAUCCAAAUCAUUGCCUCCCAACAGGCCGAGACAAUCGCUAGGGAAAAGAUAAUGCAAGCUCGUCUCCAUUGGGCUAAGACGCGGCCCUCUUCUAAUGUGGUUCCACAAAUGAUUGACAUACAGGCUGAGGCUCGUAUGCAAGCAGCGGCGGAGUCAUCGGCCGCGAUGGCCCACGCCUUGGAUGAUCCUGAAGCACUACUCCCUCCCAUUCCUAACACCCCUUGGGCCACAUCGGGCAAAACCGAUCCGCCUGCCCCUAUCGGCUUCUGGGAUGCUCACCCUAAUGGUAAGGCGGGUGAUAAACCUCAAGAGUCGCAGAAAGGUGAAGAGACAAACACGCCGACUAAGAAAAAGGCUCCCACUCCUGUUAACACACAAAAGGAAGAGUCGCCUGCUGUUCUGGAGUUCGAUUCCUGGUGUAAAAAUGUCUUAAUGACGUGGGACAAAGCAGUGGAUGUAUCGACCUUCGUCAGCUUCCUUAAAGAUAUCGAGUCACCGUACGAUGUCAAAGACUAUGUCAAGUUUUACUUAGGAGAGUCGAAAGAUGCCAAUGAUUUUGCUCGUCACUUUUUAGAGAAAAGGUCCAAGUUACUUCGUGUGGGUACUGUUACGCCUUCGGACGAUCUUUGCUCCCCGGCAAUGGCUAUAAACCCUCGCAUGUCUCUUUCGGGUUACCAAGAAUUAAAGGGCAAGGGCAAAAAGGCGAAAAAGAAUAAGAUGUUAAAAGUGGAUUCGCGCAUUCUUGGUUUUUCCGUAACAGCUGCCGAGGACCGGAUUAAUGUUGGUGAUAUUGAUACUGCCUGAACGCCUACUGUGUUCAAUGUGUUCCACACUUCGAGCUUUCAACAGAAACCGCUGUAAACACGACGGAAGUAUUUAUAUUGUUUUUAAUUUAAUUUUUUUACGUAAGAUGAAUGUUUUUAUGUUUUUGGCCACUCGAAAGUGAGAUGCGCUGCCCAGUACGCACAAUACCGACGCUCCCGCGUGUCUUACGCCUCCGCCACCCACUCUUCCCUCUCUCCCAUCCCUGCCACUGCACCUUCUCUCCCUCUCAACCCUGCCCCUUGCCUACCUCCCAUCCAUGCCCAUUAACUCUCACCCAUCCCUGCCCCAUCUUUUCCUACCAUCACUGCUCCUUUCCUCCCUCCUUCCACAACCCUCCCCUUUCCCUCUCUCCGUCUUACCAUACCGAACGUCGUGUUCUGCACAGCGUCUCCUGCGAAGUUCCGCGCCGAUGGCAAGUUUUAAAACUAUAUGUAAUACAUUAUAAUUCAUACUUGAUGCAUUAGAAUGAUAUUUUUUUAUUUAGAUUUUAAUAUGUGUUAUUUAUUGUAGAAAUGACUUUUUAUUAUUCAAACAUUGUGAUGUCCACGAUAUUAUUAUAGGUGUACCAGUGUCUGUUGGCAUAGAAUGAUGAUUAAAUUGAAUGAAAUAUAUUUUAAGGUAAAACUGAUUACGGUGGAUAGAAAUGGAACAUUAUAAUAAUUGUGAUUUAAGAUGUGGUAGACCUAUACAUGAUAAUGGUAAUAUGAAUUAAAUAUUGAUUAAUUUUGAUUUUUACAUUCAAAUUAUAUAUGCUAUAGUUUUCAUAUUUUUUAAAAUGUCAAAGAUAUUAUAAUGAAAUUAUAUGUCCUCUGUGUGUUUUAAACUCUGCAUGUUUUAAUUUUAAGUGUGUUAGGUGUCCAAUUAAUUUUUAUUAAAUUUAAAACAUUAAUUUUAAUUGAUACUAGUCACCACGAAGAUCAAUAACAAACUAUUAUAUGAAAUAUUUGAAACUAAAUUCAUGAAAUGACAGACUCUAUAAUUUAUAUUUUUAUCUUUACAACAGUUUUUGGCUCUAAGGUAAUUCAAAUGAAACUUGUUCAAUCUUAGCGUAAGUGUUUUAGACAAGACUUUACUCUAAAUGUGUAGAUUUUAGAUUCAAUUUGCAUUGCACAUUUUCAUUAAUAUACCAUUGUCUUUGACUAAAAGUUUAUUCAGUAAUGUCAAGCGAUCAAACCCAGUCUUAAUAAGACGGUUUACGCUGUCAUAUCGAAGUUAAGCAAUAUAUAAAAAUAUAGAAAAUAGUAAGGUUAUUGGUAAAACCAACACUAUAUUUUUGGUUUCUUCGUUGGUCAAAGUCGCGAAUGAAAUUUAAUUGUAAUAAAGUGUUUAGGCAAUAAUAAGUUACGUAUAUAAUGACAAGUGUAUGUUUAUUUUUUUGUGUCGUUCGCUUUCGAAACGGUUUUUCUAUUCAUGAAAUGUUUCGUCCUUUUUUGAUUUUAAUAUGUGCCACAAGUAUGUUCGCCUUUUUGGCCAAUUUAUUUCUAAAUUAGAAUACGAUGUCCAGAUAUUUGAAACUAAGUUUUGUUGAUAUGUUUAUUAAUUUAUGUCUAGUGUAUAGUACUUUAUCUCCCGAAGCUACAGCGCUUUAAUAGUGGUAUAAUUCUUUUAAAUAAUUUAACGACCACCACCAAUGUGCUUGCAUCGACCUGUGCGAUGUUCACAGCAGUUGAAAUUGACAAAUGUAAUCGUGUUGAGGCGCUAUGAAUGUGUGUAUUUUGACGACUCAUUAUCAACUUGCCCUUAUGCCUACGACGGGUCGGCACAGUAUUUGCUGUUCUUCCAUACAUUUCUUUCAGUUGAAUCUAUCAAAUCUUAAUCCACUCACUUUUUAAGCAUAUGCUCUUUCACUCAAUCCAUCCAUACUUUCUUCGGUCUUUUAAAUUUGAAUGAUUAGCCGACGACGUUAUAUAGCCAUGGCUUGUACCAUGCAGGGAUUCGAUGUAAAGGUUGAUAAUGUCAAUUAGUAGUGGCCAAUAUACAGCAGUGGGCUUAAUGUGGCUGAUCACAACAAUAAAUAAUAAGUAAAACUAUGUUUUUGCUUAAUAAAGUAAGGUUACAUGUUUUAGGUUACCACAAGUAAAGCGCAUGUAACUUCGUAAGAUGAAAAUGCUAAAAUAGUUUUGAUGUGUGCACUGUAAAUAAUAAAUUAAACAAGACUACUCCUAGUAUCUUUUGAUGUUAGUCUUUUUAUGAAUAUUAUACGGAAAGAUUUGUUUUAGAAUCGUUACUAUUACUUUAAUGUGGUUAUAAUUCAUGUGUUGGAUGUUUAUUGAACACAAAUAGUUUAUAUGUCAUUUGCAUUUUUUAAAUCUCUAGUGAUUAAUAGCCCGCGUGAUUUUUUUUAAUAUUUAAGGUUGCAAUAAAGCAAGCUACACACCUUUAACUCAACACUGAUUGUUCAGUUAAAACGUACGUGUGUAAAUGUACGUAUAAAACGGAAUUGUACAGUUUAUUUUGCCGUUAUAAUUUUCCCUACACACAUACGAUUUAACUGAGCAAUGUGACUAGUAGGUCAAACUUGUUAUAACUAAAGAGGUGUAGCGGGUUUAAAGAAAUUGUUGAAUAUUGUUAGCACAUGUUUAUGUACAAGCAAAAAUUUGAGUAUUUUGGUGUCAAAUAUGAUUUAAUACUUUAACUGUUCCUAACAUAUUUACGGUUCCGCCAAAGGAGUUUAAUGAGCGUUACCUCCGAUAAAAAUGUUACCCCUUAGUUAGGAAAUACACGCAUUUUUUAACUUACCAGAAAGACUACAGUGGAAAUCUACCUGUGUAGAUUACAUUGUAACUGUUUAUUUGUACAGUUCUCAGUUCAAGUAACACACAGUUCAGUUUAGCCUGUGAAGUUAAAACCGAAGAUUUCUAGCUGACUCUAAAUAGUCUCUAAACAUGUAUGGACAGUUAAAGUAUUGAUUAUUUAGUAGGCCUCCUUGGACAACAGGUUAACAUUUAACAGCUCGUUCCCACUUUUCUGAUGAAUGCGUUAUAGUAUAUUUUUAAUAUUUCAUUCACAUUUCACCCACACUAGUUUUUGCCGGAAACGACGCUAAUUCCAAGUCCUAUCGAUUGGCUAAAAUUUUGUUGGAAGCUACACAGUAGUAGUAUUUCAAAUAAAAAACUUUGCGAAAAUCAAGAUGACUUUUGAGAUCGAUCGGAACAUCGAUCAUUCGUUAUUGAGACCCACCUUUAAUGAUACUAUCUUUGUUUGGGUCGGACAACGAGUGUGAACAGAGGCACCGUCAUCCAAAACUUGGGAACGAGCUCGAGAAAAACUUAAGCCAGGAUGUGCUCAACUUUUUCUAUGUUAACCUUGUCACUAUGGAGUAUAAAUAUUUUAUGUUUAGGAGACAAUUUUUUCAUUCAAUUUUAUAUUCUUGCAACCUUAAAUGUUUUACCUGACUGGGAAUGACAACGGGAUACAUUUACAGUCAGGUAAAAAUGUUGUCGCCAUACGAGUAGUUACUUUAUAUUUAUUGAAACAUGUUAAAACAAUUUGUGAAUUGACUACUUGUAAAUAUUAGACUUAAAUAAAAUAGUUGGUUAUUGGGUA